GGCGGUACCAAAAUCCAGCAGUAUAAAAACAGAGAGUCAGCUCCUGUCAAGUCACAGAAGUAGCUGGUUGGAGACUCCAGUUGAGACUGUUUCAGCGCUGGGACUGGGUCUAACUCCAGACUGGAAAACUUCAGAAACGCUGUUGUUCUGGAGACACCACAUCUGGUCUGAAGCUUACACCUUCUAAGAACAGCUAGAAAACUACUGGGCUUCUUUAGCAUCAGCUCCCCUGCAUCUUUAGGAACCCUGUUCUUUUAGCUGCUGCAAAACCCAUUUAUCCACUUCAAGAUGUGGCUGCUGGCGUUUCUGGUGUGGUUCCUGAGCUGGGCAGGUGGAAUGUACUGGUAUUUGUGUGGCAGACCGAGCCCUUUCUCAGAGGACUGUGUAAGACCCGCAGGACCAAUGGAGCUUAACCAGAAGAAAAGAGACAAGGUUCUGAAGCAAGGCUUUGCCAAGCAGAAAGUGCCCAAGGAUUUGGAUGCAAUCGUGAUUGGCAGCGGGGUCGGUGGGAUGACGGCAGCGGCUACAAUUGCCAAAACUGGCAAAAAAGUCCUUGUGCUGGAGCAACACGACCAGGCUGGAGGCUGCUGCCACACCUUUAUCGAUAAAGGUUUUGAGUUUGAUGUUGGGCUUCAUUACGUCGGUCAGUUGCACGAAAACAGUCUGUUUAAGAUCAUUUUUGACCAGAUCACUGAAGGCCAGCUGGAGUUUGCAGAGCUCGACCAGCAUUUUGACACUGUUGUGAUUGGCACAGGAAAGGAAACUAGGGAAUACACUAUCUGCUCAGGCAAAACUGAAAUGGAGGAACAUCUUAAAAAGCAGUUUCCUGAUGACACCGAAGCCAUUGAGGAGUUCUUCAAAAUCAUGAAGUUGUCAGCUCGGAAGACUCCCUACUUGGCUGCACUGAAGCUGAUUCCAGAGUGGCUGGCUCUAUUCCUGGUGAGGAGUGGUCUUGCCAACCUCUAUUCCUCUGCCUUCCGGCUGUUAAGCAUGAAUGCCACAGAUCUGGUCAACAAACUGACCUCUAACAAGGACCUCCAAGUUAUCUUCGCAUACUACUUCUAUGGUACUCCUCCAAGAGAUUCCAGCAGCCUGAUCAAUGCCCUGAUGCUGCAUCACUUCAAGCGUGGAGCAUACUACCCAAAAGGAGGUGCUAGUGAGAUCCCAUACCACAUCACUAAGGUCAUCCAGAAGUACGGAGGGAAUGUUCUGGUUCGUGCUCCUGUCAGUCGAAUCCUAGUGGACAGUCAAGGAGCUGCAUAUGGCGUUGCUGUCAAAAAAGGUAAAGAAGAAAUUGAAGUUCGGGCUCCUGUUGUCAUCUCCAACUGUGGCAUCUUCAACACCUUCAAGAGACUCCUGCCCCAAGAGAUACAAGUCAAACCAGAAAUCCAGAAGCGUCUGGAUAUGGUAAAACCUGGGAAAGGAUCCCUUUUGCUCUUCUCUGGAUUUGACAGCACAGCAGAAGAGCUGGGCAUCAGUGCAGUCAGCCGAUGGGUCUUUAAGAAUAACGACAUGGAUGCCAUGAUGGAUGAUUUCUUCAGCUUGGGAAAGGAAGAUGCUCCAGAAAACAUUCCCAUGAUGUUUGUGACUUUCCCUUCCCCCAAAGACCCCAUGUCACAGAUUCGUCAUCCAGGUAAAUCCUGCAUGACUAUUCUAACUAUGGUCAAUUAUGAGUGGUUUGAGGAGUGGAAGGACACUCCUGUGAAAAGGCGAGGAGCUGACUACAUAGACUACAAGAACAGAUUUGCCAAACAUCUCUUUGACUGGGCCUGUGUCUUAUACCCUAAACUCAGAGAAAAGCUGGUCUUCCAGGAUGUAGCUACUCCGCUGACCAACAAUUUCUACCUCGGGUCGUACCGUGGAGCUAUUUACUCAACUGAUCACAACUUGGAUCGCUAUCACAUGGAUAUAAUGGCCAAGAACCGCUGUGAAACGCCUGUCAAAAAUCUCUAUGUAUCUGGUCAGGACAUGUUCAGCUGUGGGAUCAUUGGUGCACUACACGGUGGGCUCAUGUGCGCAUCUAGGGUGCUUGGACGCAUGGUUUACAUCGACCUCUUGCAGCUUAAGAAGAAGCUGAAGAAGAGGAAGGCAUUGGAACUGGCUGCACUGGCUGAGAAGAAGCUGCAGUGACCCAAUGGAAGUGACAUUUAAUUUGAAGGUUAUCUAUAUAGGGACUAUAAAUGUAUUCAUAAAGCAGAACCUGAACAUUAAUUCCAGCUUUUUCAAGGUGACAAGAGCUUUUGAAGUAAAUGACACUGCAUUACAUGUUUAAAGGCAUCACAUUUUUCUACAGAGCUGAUAUAUGGUCUUAAUUGAGUCUUAUUUAAACCAUACUGGAUCCAUUACUUGCGAACAUUGCUUUAAAACAUUGUUAUCAAUGGAACCAAUGUCUGUCAUGGUCACCUUAUGUCAGGUGAAAAUUAUGACCUAAUCUAAAACUGCUUAUGGACAUAUCAUUCAGUCAUUAUGCAUAUGUUAUGCAUAAUAUGCAUAUGUCCCAAGUCAGGUUGCCUUUAAAUGCAGUUUUAUGGCCUUAGGAGGAUACUUAAUCUGUACAGACAGAACCAGCAUGUUGUUUGAUAAUGAUGAUGGUUGAUAAUGAAAUGUCGACGAAUAGUUAAACAGCAAGUGAACAGUCAGUUCUUGAAGUUAUUGUGUUGAAAGUGGAUAAAUGGGAAAUAGUAAGAAUCUCAAAAACUUUGACAAGAACCAUAUUUGUGAUGGGAUUUGUGAUCAGAACAUCUCUAAAACUACAGGCAGGUCCUGUGGAAUGUUCCUGAUAUGCAGUGGUCAGUACCUACCAAAGUGAUCCAGGGAAACCGAUACCACAGGACUUUUUUCUUUAGAGAUCUUGUGGAGUAUGUGCCUUGACGAACGAGAGCUGCUUCGGUGGCAUGAGAGGAAUUUAUGUAAUAUUUGGCUGGUUGUUUUAAUGUUUUGUCUGAAUUGUAUGUAUUUUUUGGUGAAAUCAAUUGUAUUGAACAAACUGUUAAAUAAAUGUGUCAAU